UCCUUCCUGGUGAUGAACCUUGUGCAAUCCCCUCUGCCAGCCCUGCCGGGGGGUUUCCUGCCCCUUAUGGACUCAUCUCCAUGGGUCGGGCACCGCAGCAUCUGCUCAGCCCCACACAUGUGGAGGGGACAUGGCUGGAGCUGGGACCACACUUGCCUGCUGCCUGCUGCUGGUGGGAGCCAGGGGGCUCUGCUGUGCCAUGGAGCUGCUGAAGGGGAUGAAGGGGCAGUCCUUGUCCUUCCCAGCCCUGCAGCUCCUAUCCCAUGACAUCGUGCGGGUCACCUGGAGAACCAAAGGGACCCACAUUGCUGAGGCCAAGCCCAUGGUGAAUGUGUUCAUUGCUGAUUUCCUGCCUGUGUUCCGGGGCCGGCUGCUCAUCCAUCCCAAUAACCUCUCACUGGAGAUCAACCCACUGCAGCCAUCGGACAGUGGGAGCUACGAGGUGGUCGUGGACACCUCCUCUGACCCCACCAACCCAAGGACCUUCCGCUAUUCCUUGAUGGUUCUGGAUGGAUCUCCAGUGCCGGAUCCCGGGGCUGGUGUCACCAAAGGAUCCAUCAGGAACACAGUGGAUCCCCAUGGAGCAUCGGUGCCCAGCACUGGUGUCACCAAAGGACCCAUCAGGAACACAGUGGAUCCCCAUGGAGCAUUGGUGCCCAGCACUGGUGUCACCAAAGGACCCAUCAGGAACACAGUGGAUCCCCAUGGAGCAUCAGAGCCUGGUGCUGGGGAUACUGGGACGGAGGACACUGGUGGGAGGCAUCCCCCAAGGUCCUGUGGGGCUCAGGACCACUACUGCCUGGUGAAGGGCUAUCUCAUGGCUGGGGUCCUUGUGCCGCUGGUGCUGCUGGUGGCUGCUGUCCACAUCAUGACCAGGGACAAAGGCACCAGGGCAGGGAACGGGGUCUCAGUGGGGUUUGAGCCCCUCAGCAUCCCUGCUCCGCAGGACCCAUCCCCAUGGAGGCACCGAGCCUGGAUUCCAGGCUCCGGGAGCAGCAUCCCCUCUGCCUCCAUUGCCCCAUCCAGGGCCAGAUGAGGUUACGGUGCUCAGAGCCCCCCAAGGACGUGACAUGAAGCUGGUUCCUCAUCUCUUGCACAAGGAGCUGCUCUAAAUGCGUCAAUGCUUCCUCCUCCCUGAGCCCUUUGGCAGCACCAAAACCCAUCCCGGCACCAAGCAAUGGGAUGUGGGGAUGCUGCUGUUACUGGAGACAGCCUCAGUUUCCUAUCCCCAGCCCCAAACGUGGGGGAGCAUCACUCAGAACCCCUCCUGUAGCUGAUAGGGGUGACUGAUUCACUGGCGACCCUGACUAACGCUGUGUGCCAUCCAUUAUUGAGCAGCAGAUCUGUCAAGAAGUCCUCAUAAAUAAGUGAUCUGAUGCUGUCUUAAUGCUGGCAGUAAAUCCCUCAUUCAA